GUAAUCUGCACUGUGAGUCAGUGCUGUGGUGAGCAGAGCAGCAACAGAAGCAGCAGCAGUGUGAGACACGUUUCACUCUCACGAACGUCAACAACGCAGAAGAACAGGAUGGGAAAUCUGAGCAGCUAGGCAAGAGGAGGAAGUGAGACAGCCCUAUAGAAAGCAAGCAGUGAGAGAGAGAAGCAAGAGGACAGAUCGACGGCUCCUUUUUUUGACUGCCACCUUUUUUCGCUGUUGAAAGACUGACUGUGGAAGAUCACUGACUGGCCAUUUGGAUUGACAGAUCAGUCUGAACUGAUCCGGCGGAAGACAAAGUUUACUAUUAAACAUUGGAGGUGGCAUCAGGCUUAGGACUUGACGUGUUGCAGGGAUGUCCUGGUUGUCUCCAGUCCAGUGGGCGAAAUGGACAUGGUCAGCAGUGACUGGGAGUGUAGAAGAUGAUGGGCAGCCUGGAGCAAAGGAUGAUGGAGAGGACAAUUCAGACUCGGAGGGAGCCUUUGAGACUCCAGAGGCGGAGUCUCCAGGUGUUGUGAAGCUACUGAGCCAACUGGACAACUCCAACCACACAGCUCUUCCUGAUGUUACGAACCACUUUCUGGACAAGAACUCUAACCAGGAUGUUGGCACAGUUUCAUUCCAAGAGGUUGAUUCCCUGAACAACCUCACCAGCUCCUCGCCGAACAACAGCAGCUUCAGUGUGGAUCAGAAUCUUAAUUUUACCCUAAGCACCAAACACAGUCCAGGAGAAGGCCUCUCCCCAUCCACUCCUCUGCCCCAGCCUCAGGCUCUCCGGCCUCCGUCGCUGUCUGUCCUCUCUCCGCUGAACAAACCCGAUCCCUCAGAGGUGGAUGACGAGGCUCCGGUGACGCCAGACUCCAGCCCAGACUCAAACUUGAUCCCCAGUCAUGACAUCUGUGUGGACCCUGAUUUGCUCAAUGGCAACAUGAACUCUGACACUGUGCUGUCAAACACAAAACUCAUCUGUGAGACCAACGACACCAUAAUCACGAACUCCUGUAAGAUGAAGCAGAACCAGCUGAUGCAAACGGACUUUGCUGGACAGGAUGACCAUCAUGGAGGCCACGCCACAGAUGAAGAGAAGUUGGCGAGCAGUGCAGGUGUCAAACCAGACAAGGACCAAAGCAUCCAAGACUGCCAUGUGACAUCCAACCCUGAGGAGUCAGACUGCUGCUCUGUGCAGUACGAGGACACGUGCAAACUGAAGAACAAAUCAAGGGGAAGUGAGAUGCAGAAAACAGGAAGUCAGGUCCUGGAUUCCAUCUGCAUCAGUGAAGCAGAAAAGCAGGCCGUUCUCACCCUCAUUAAAGAGGAGAUCAUCACUAAAGAGAUGGAAGCCAACGACUGGAAGAAAAAAUAUGAGGACUGCAGACAAGAAGUCAAUGAGAUGAGGAAGAUUGUUGUAGAGUAUGAGAAGACAAUUGCUCAGAUGAUCGAGGACGAGCAGCGCAACAGUAUGAGUUCCCAGAAGGCUUUGCACGCAGUGACAAUGGAGAAGGAAGCCGCCCUGGCAGAUCUGAACUCUGUGGAGCGCUCUCUAUCUGACGUGUUUCGGCGUUAUGAGAACAUGAAGAGCACCCUGGAGGGCUUUAAGAAAAAUGAAGAGGUGCUGAAGAAGUGUGCGCAGGAAUAUCUGGCCAGAGUGAAACAGGAGGAGCAGAGAUACCAGACACUUAAACUCCAUGCUGAGGAGAAACUAGAGAAGGCCAAUGAGGAGAUUGCUCAGGUGCGUGCGAAGGCGAGCUCAGAGAGCAUGGCGCUGACCGCCGGCCUGAGGAAGGAGCAGAUGAAGAAUGAGUCUUUGGAACAAGCUCUGCAGCAGAAGAAUCAAGAGAUCGAGGAACUCACAAAGAUCUGUGAUGAGCUGAUUGCCAAAAUGGGAAAAAUAGACUGAGAGGCGGUUCCUGUGGAUCAGCUACUACCAUCCCUCUGGUCCUGCCUACAGUGACGCCCCGUGCAUGCCCCCAGCCAAGAAGCAGCUCUUAUACCCUGUGCCAGCCCCGCAUCUCAGAGACUGCUUAUGUAGAAAUUUAUAAAGUAACUUCCUGUACACUACUAUUGCACUACUUGUGACCAGAAUCAAGAAGGUUCUGUAAAUGAUAGUUAUUGUUGGGACUUUGUUAUAUGUGGUCACUUUGUUUUGUUUGCAUUUAUUGCCCAUUAUGAGGUCAUCUGGACCCCUUGUGCUUUCAUCCAUCAUGCCAGCGAACAACACCCUGCUUGUGACUCAACUUAAAUUCCCAGCAGCUUAACAGCUAAAUUCCUAGCAUAAUGCUCCUGCAGGAUGACAUCAGGUUUAAUGCGGGCUGGAGUUGUUUUGGAGUUUCACAUGGGCGUUUGACAAGGAUUAUUUAAAAGCAACAAUAAAAUAAAAUGUAUUUUUCUAUGUUGUAAGCAAAGAGUUAACUCUGAAAAAGAGAAGCUCAGGGUUAUUGUGUGUGGGGCAGAAUGAGGUCAGGGUUAAAGUCAAGCUGCACAAGAGCUAAAGAAAAGGAUUUAGGAGUGUUUGAGGAAGUAAAGUAGUCCUCAGGGGCCUUGGUUUGUUCAGGAGUGACACUGAAACCAGAAGGAAUAUGAAACAUAUUUCAGUGGAACUAAAGCUGCAUUUUCUUCACCGGAGUUACACUAUUACACAGUUGAGAUUCUAGACGGUUCAAGUUUCUGCAGAAUGUUUAUCACUCACAGAGAAGUAUAACCACCUGACAUCCAUGGACUUUCCUGUGACUGUAUAAACUUUGUGUCAUAUUCUUGUCUGAUCCAGAGACAACUUUAUCCUAAAGUAUAAAUCACAGCUGUCACUAACUAUCCCAUGUUAAGAUUCGUGAAGGCAUAACGACACUAUAUUUUCUUGAGGAUAGUAAUAUAAUAAAGUGCUGCAAUAUGUCACCAUUUUUUUUUAAACUAUCACUCUGUCAGAGAGCGUCCACUAAUCACAUUUACCUCUUACCACAAAGGCAAUUUAAGAGUUUGACAGCUUUGUAAGAAGAUUUGUGAUGAAGAUAUGAUUUCUCAUUCCGCUCUUUACAGCAAUGCACCAGUUAUUUAACAGGUAAAUCUGCUUCUUUGCAUGUUUAUUUUCAUGGCUUUGAGUUUCUCAGGAUUCAGAUUGUUUUCUUAACAUGCCAGUAAAAACAUUUUGUGUUGGGCACAGUGCUUUAGUAAUGACUUGGAGGUUGUGACAUAACUGGGUAUUAAGAUAUUUCUGAACCAAUACCAAUGUGAUACCUGUGUAUUGGUUCUUAUUUAAAAAAAACAAACAAAAAAAACAUUUUUCAAUACUUUCAAUACUUUUUCUACAAAAAGAAUUCAUCAGUGUUUACUGAUGGUUUAACACAAACUAUUUACCUCAUAAGUUUCAUCUAAGUUUCAUCAAAUCUAUGAUUUAAAUCGGGCAAUAUUUGGUUUAAGAAAGUGAAACAAUCUGUGUGAGCAUUUAGUUCUACUUUUCUGAUACUUUACAGGUUUCAACACUCAGUCCUGUGGAGUCAGUCACUAUUGAAAAGGUCUUCAUGUCUGAUACUCAGCCUCUUAACCACUGUGGAAAUCCACUUAUGACACAAACACACUGGUGUGCCACAGUUUAUAUUUGUGCCAUUCUAAUGUCACGUCACCUCUUCUCUUUGUUUUAUGAAAAAAUUGUUUUGUCACUUUAGCCCCUGUCUUUGAGUUAUUGUUUGUGUUUGUAAAUUAGAAAUGGCGAUCUCACAUAUGUUGACACACUGAGGACUAACAGUGAGUGCGUGUAUAUUUGCCUAAAUAAAUAUACAUAUAUAUAUAUAA